UGAACCCAAUUGUCUUUUUAUAUUUCAGUUCGAAGUAGUUUCUUGCAGCUAUUCUUCAUUUAAAUUUCAUUGUAUUUGGUAUUAACUCUCCGAUUACUCAUAUAUUCUUCUCUAACUGUACAAAAUGGAGCGUGGUUCUUCUGCACCAAUAACAGACUUGCAUGAAGGGGGUAACGAAUUACCAAACAUCUCACUUCGUCCAUUGGAAGUCUCCGAUAUCGAUGAUUUCAUGGUCUGGGCUUCUGACAAGAGAGUGACUCGUUUUUGUCGUUUCUGUCCUUACACUAGCAAAGAAGAUGGCAUAAACUAUAUCAAAAACACUGCUGUACCCCACCCUUGGUUUAGGGCAAUAUGCCUUAACAACAGGCCUAUUGGUUCCAUUUCAGUGACAAAGAAUUCAGGUAUUGAUAUAUGCAGAGGAGAACUUGGCUAUGUUCUGGCUGCCCAAUACUGGGGAAAGGGGAUUGCGACAAAGGCAGUGAAAAUGGUGGCCAAAACCAUUUUUAACCAGUGGCCAGAACUGGAGAGACUUGAAGCCUUGGUAGAUGUAGAAAACGUGGGUUCACAAAGGGUACUAGAGAAGGCUGGCUUCAUGAGAGAAGGUGUUCUAAGAAAGUAUUGUAUUCUGAAGGGAAGGUCUAGAGACAUGGUGAUUUUUAGUCUUCUUUCUACAGAUCCUGUAAAUUGAUUGUAAUUGUUUUUGCAAAUCUGUCUACAUCUUGAGUGAGUAAUUAAUGUGUGAAAGAUAUUGUGACAACUUAUGUAUUCCCAUGGACAUAUUUUAGAGACGAUUACUGGAUAUGUAUGUGUUUGCCUUUGGAUCGAUCGUUGAAUUCCAUAGCUUGGUU